AUGAGAAUGAUUUCUCAUAAGAGAAUUGGGUUUGUUGGGCUCCUAGAAACAAAGGUUAAGGCUGCUAAAAUGGGAGCCUUAUACCUGAAUAUGUUUCAAGGAUGGUGCUUUACUUCUAAUCUUGCUCAUCAUCCUAAUGGGCGGAUUAUUAUAGCUUGGAAUCUGAAUAACUAUGAGGUUGACAUAAAAGGAGAGAGACUGGAUUAUUGUGGCAAUGGCACUGAAAUGGUGCCAUUUCAUAAUUUUGUUUGUGACUGUGGCCUUGAAGAUGUAAAGUAUAUUGGUUCAUACUUUACUUGGAAUAAUAGACAAGAGGGAAAAGAUCGGGUUUUUGCUAAGUUGAAUUGGGUUUUGGCAAAUAAUGACUGGUUGGACAAGUUUCCCACGUCAGAAAUUACUUUCCUUCCUGAGGGAGAUUUUGAUCAUUCACCAGCCCUUCUUUCAAUUUAUCUGAACCUUCAUGAUAAAAAGAAGCCUUUCAGGUACUUCAAUUAUUGGAGUUCUUUGAGGGAUUUUACCAGUAUUGUUAAAACUGGAUGGCAGGAGACUGUUGAAGGCUCAGCAAUGUAUAGACUUGUCAACAAACUCAGGCAUCUAAAGCAUGGACUCAAGGGCUUAAAUCAGCAAGGUAAAGGUGAUAUUGGCAUUCAGGAUACUGAAGCUUUAAAGCUUUAA